CAAGUUCGGGACCUGUCUUUGACUAAGCUGAAGAAAGAAGAGACCAAAGAGACUGAAAGCAGGGAUGAGACUAUCAGCGAGAGCUCUAUUGACCGCAUCCCUAUCCGUCUCUGGGUCAUGAACGGGGCGGUGAUGUUUGGUCGGGAGUUCUGCUACGCCAUGGAGACAGCUUUGGUGACGCCGGUUCUGUUGCAAAUUGGUCUUCCUGAACAGUACUACAGCCUGACAUGGUUCCUGAGCCCCAUCCUUGGUUUGAUAUUUACUCCUCUCAUUGGCUCGGCCAGUGACCGCUGCACACUUAAAUGGGGCCGCCGGCGGCCCUUCAUCCUCGCCCUGUGUAUCGGGGUUCUCCUGGGAGUUGCACUUUUCCUCAAUGGCUCCGUUAUCGGUUUGGCCAUUGGGGAUGUUCCGGAUAAACAGCCAAUCGGCAUCGUUCUCACAGUGCUGGGUGUUGUGGUCUUAGACUUUUCUGCCGAUGCCACCGAAGGGCCGAUCCGGGCGUACCUGCUGGAUGUGGCAGACAACGAAGAGCAGGACAUGGCACUUAAUAUUCACGCCUUCUCAGCUGGUCUUGGUGGAGCCAUCGGCUACAUGCUUGGUGGACUGGACUGGACUCAAACUUUCCUUGGCACUCUGUUUAAAUCUCAGCAGCAAGUCCUUUUCUUUUUCGCCGCCAUUAUAUUCUCCGUGUCCGUCGUCCUCCACCUUUUCAGUAUUGAGGAAGAACAGUACAGCCCCCAGCAGGACCGCCUAGAGGACGAGGGGGACACCAUGUCGAGUGAAAGAUUAAACAGCACGCUCGCCCCGAUGUCUCGGUUGAACGUCAUCAACGAAGACGAAUCCUACACAAACUUUCCGGAUGAUGUGCAGUCAGAGAGCGAUCUCAACCUCGACUUUCUCGAGGUGGACAUCGUAAGGAGCAAGAGCGAUUCGGUCUUGCAUAUGGCCGACGCCACAUUGGACUACGAAUCAGAGUUUCUUCGUUACAUCGAACCCUCCAUUUUCCAAGAUUGUUCGUACCCGAACACCCCGCGCAGCACCAGCCAGGAGCUUAUGAUGUCCAAAUUUAACCGUCUUUCAGCAUUCCUCAGGGAGAACGAACGAGAAGAGGAGAUGUUGCUCGAUAAUCACAUUAAUGAAUGCAAAGUUCCCAACGGCGGAGACGCAUUACAGAAUGAGAACAUGAACGGGCACACCAGAAUCGGCAUGAAACAGUCCUGCACCGCGAGCUCCAUGCGCAGGAGGAGGCACAUGUUCUAUCGCCAGCCUUCUUACACCUUCUCGUAUUUCGGCAAAGUCGGAACCCACCGCUACCGCUACAGGAGAGCCAACGCCAUCUUGCUGAUAAAAUCCUCGCGCAGCAUGAACGACAUUUACGACAUGCAGAAGAGGCAGCGUCAGAGACAGAGGCACAGAAAUCAGAGCGGAGCCACCAACUCCAGCGGUGACACCGAGAGCGAGGAAGGAGAGACUGAGACGACCGUCAGGCUUCUCUGGCUGUCCAUGCUGAAGAUGCCGAAAGAGCUGAUGUGUCUUUGUGCUUCCCACUUGCUAACCUGGUUCUCUAUUAUUGCUGAAGCAGUGUUCUAUACCGAUUUCAUGGGUCAGGUCAUCUUUGAAGGUGAUCCCAAGGCUCUUACCAACUCUACAGAACUCCAUAACUACAACAGCGGUGUGCAGAUGGGCUGCUGGGGACUGGUGAUCUACGCUGCUACUGCUGCGGUCUGCUCAGCCUUGUUACAGAAAUACCUGGAUAACUAUGACCUCAGCAUCAGAGUAAUCUACAUCCUUGGCACGCUUGGCUUCUCCAUUGGCACGGCAGUGAUGUUCAUCUUUCCCAAUGUCUACGUCUCCAUGAUUAUGAUCAGCACCAUGGGGAUAGUGUCAAUGAGUAUUUCAUACUGCCCGUAUGCCCUGCUGGGACAGUACCACGAAAUGAAAGAGUACAUCCACCACAGUCCAGGGAACUCCAAGAGAGGCUUUGGCAUAGACUGCGCCAUCCUGUCCUGCCAAGUCUACAUCUCCCAGAUCUUGGUGGCCUCCGCUUUGGGAGCCGUGGUCGACGCUGUUGGUUCAGUCCGAGUAAUACCACUGGUGGCCUCCGUAGGCUCCUUCUUGGGAUUUCUCACCGCUACAUUCUUAGUAAUAUACCCAGAGGUUCCAGAAGAGAACAAGGAAGAUCCAAAACGUCCGGCAAAUGGCGCCAUCGCUAAUGGAGUGGAUCCGGAAAAACCACUCGUGUUGCAGCUCUCUCCGAAAGGGUCUACAGCUCCUCCAGAAGUAGAGAGCGAGUCGGCAGUCUGAGCAGGUGAUGUGUUCAACCCGCAACAUUCCUGACCGCACAGGCACGUCUGUAGCGGCAAUCUUAUCAGGUGCACGUCUGGACUGGAAACCGCAAUACGAUGACCUGCUUAUUCCCCUGUGCUGCCAGGGGGAGGGGCAUUUCCAGUUUCUAAGUGAAGAUGAAAAAAAUAAAAGGAAAUUAAAUGGAAGCUCCUUUAAUUUUCCCUUUCUAAAAUCUGUCAAUUAGGUGAUGCUUUUUCUGCAUGAUCCUUAAAGCCUAAUGCUAUAGGAAAUUUAGCCAAUGGCAUCUUAGUUUGAAGCUUUAUUAUGACACUUAUAUAGCCCUGCUAUAAACC